AUGACUCAGGGUUUAAACGGCCACCUGAGGACCCAGCGAAGGGAUGAGCAGCGGCUGGAGGUUAGGAGUGUGGUAUCAUCUCUCAGGUGGGCUUGUUCCCUGGUGUCUCAGCUGCAGGAGAAGCCAGGACUGCCACUCUGCAGAAAGGUUUGCUAUGCUGUUGGGGGCAUUCCCUACCAGAUGACAGGCAACGUGCUUGGGUUUUUCCUCCAGAUCUUCCUAUUGGAUGUUGUGCAGCUGGAGCCAUUCCAUGCCUCUUUGAUCAUUUUCUUUGGAAGAGCCUGGGAUGCAGUGACUGACCCUGCUAUUGGCUUCCUGGUCAGCAAGAGCCCGAGGAGAAAAUAUGGCAAGCUGGUUCCAUGGAUCGCUUGCUCCAUGCCGUUUGGGGUGCUCUGCUACUGCAUGAUGUGGUUCACCCUCUCAGAUGCCACCCCCACCUCCCUGAAAUUCCUGUGGUACCUGUUUAUGUACAGCUUCUUCCAGACUUGCAUGACUUGCCACCACGUGCCGUACUCUUCCCUGACAAUGUUCCUGGGAGGAACCCAGAGAGACCGUGACUCAGCCACUGCCUACAGAAUGGGGAUGGAGGUGUUCAGCACUCUCCUUGGGUCAGGGAUCCAGGGGCAGAUUGUGGGCAGUUACCACGUCAGGAAUGGCUGUUACGUGUCAAACGAGACCCUGCCCAACACCAGCACCUACAGCCUCACGGACUCUCUGGAGAACACGCGUAGGGCCUAUGUAUCUGCAUCCCUGGUCCUGGGCUCAAUCUAUUGCCUGUCCUGUCUGAUUCUCAUCUUUGGAGUCAGGGAGCAGCCUGGGCCCCUCAGCCCCCUGGGGAAGGUUGAGCUGCCCUUUGCCAGCUGCCUGAGGAUGAUGGUGGGACACAAACCCUACACCCAGCUGCUGUGUGGCUUCCUCUUUGCAUCCUUGGCCUUCCAGAUCACACAAGGGAUCUUUGCCUUCUUCUGUACUCAUGCGGCAGGGCUGGCUGGGAAGUUCCAGCAUUUGGUGCUUAUCAUGUUGGUCACAGCUUCCCUCUCCAUUCCCUUUUGGCAGUGGUUUUUGGGGAGAUUUGGAAAGAAAACAGCAGUGUCACUAGGCCUGGCGUUGAUCAUCCCAGCCCUGGCAGCCAUCACACAGGUGACACACAACUUCCUGGCCUUCGUCCUCCUGGUGAUCAUGGCAGGCUGCAGCACGGCUGUGCUCUACCUUCUACCCUGGUCCAUGCUGCCAGAUGUGGUGGAUGACUUCAGGCUGAGGAACCCCAGCUGCCUCAACCUGGAGACUCUCUUCUACUCGUUUUACGUCUUCUUCAACAAGUUUGCAGGUGGCCUUGCCGUGGGGAUAUCAACACUGAGUUUACAUUUUGCAGGUUACCACGCUGCAGGCUGCACGUACAACCCCUCUGUCAUCCUCACCCUGCAGCUUCUCAUGGCUCCAGUCCCAAUAAGCCUGCUGCUCAUUGCCAUAAUCAUCUUCUGCCUCCAUCCCAUCGAUGAGGAGAGGAGGAAGCAGAUGAAGAUGGAGAUGGAGGCAAUGGG